GCUUGAUCCAACAACGCCACCAUUAUGUAUUUAUGUCUAUAAAUGUGGUCCUCGUUUCUUCUUGUUUUAAUCAAAAAUUUAGAAAAAAAGAGAAAUGGAGAAUAAUCCAAGAAGCUCAUCGUCUCUCCCUUUGGCCGGACGUGUAGCUAUAGUGACUGGAGCCACCAGAGGCAUGGGUCGUGAAAUCGCGAUUCAUCUUCACUCUCUUGGCGCAAGAGUCACCAUCAAUUAUGUCUCGAGCUCAUCAAAAGCUGAACUCUUAGUGCAAGAACUAAACGACUCAUCUCAACCAAAGUCAGCGAUCGCAGUUAGAGCAGAUGUGUCUGACCCGGACGAAAUCAACAACUUGUUUGAUCAAACAGAACAAGAGUUCGGAUCUAAAGUUCACAUCGUCGUGAAUUGUGCAGGUGUUUUGGAUCCAAAGUAUCCAUCUUUAUCCGAGACUACACUAGAAGAUUUCGACAAAACAUUCACAAUAAACACAAGAGGGUCUUUCUUGUGUUGCAAGGAAGCAGCUAAAAGGGUUAUGAGAGGAGGUGGUGGAAGAAUCAUUAUGAUGUCUACAUCAAUGGUUGGUGGUCUAGCCCCUGGUUAUGGAGUUUACGCAGCAUCAAAGGCCGCUGUGGAGACAAUGGUGAAAGUGUUGGCAAAGGAGCUAAAGGGAAGCCGGAUUACGGCGAAUUGCGUGGCGCCAGGACCGGUUGCGACAGAGAUGUUUUUUGCCGGAAAGAGCGAUGAAAUGGUGAAGAUAUGCUUGCAGGGGCUUGUCCUAUGGGGAGGAUCGGUGAGUCAAAGGAUAUUACCGAGAUUGUUGGGUUUUUGGCCGGUGAUGGUGGGGAAUGGAUCAAUGGUCAAGUUAUUAGAGCCAAUGGAGGCUUUGUUGUCUAGAAAAUGAAGAACUAACAAUGAAAUUUGAUGUUGUCU